AAAUCCAUAGCUCUUGCAAAUCCUCAUCUUCACCUUCAUUCUCAGUACUGGUGAACUUGAGCGAGGUGCUCAUGUCUCUAACAAAUGAUGUUAUCUGUAGGGUGGCCCUAGGGAAGAAGUAUGGUGGGGAGGAGGGUGGUGGUCGGAGGUUUAAAGAGAUGAUGAGGGAAUUAGGGUACCUGUUAGGGGCUUUUAAUGUAGCCGACUUUAUACCGUGGCUUUCCUGGGUGAAUUAUGUAAAUGGGCUGGAGAAGAGGGUUGAGAAAAAUUUUGCAGAGAUAGAUUCAUUUAUGGAUCAAGUAAUUGAAGAUCACACACAUGAAAAAAGGAAAAAGGGCUAUGGUGACGAUGCAGAUAGUGGCGGCCAAGACUUUGUGGACUUCCUUCUUCAGAUUCAACAGGAUAAGAACGCUGAAAUUGCCCUUGGGAGAGACAACAUCAAAGCCAUUGUAUCGGAUAUGUUUGCUGCCGGAACUGAUACCUCAAAUGUACUCCCACAAUGGGCAAUGGCAGAGCUUUUAAAGCAUCCAAAAGUCAUGAAAGAAGUUCAAGAGGAGUUGAGGGGCCGGGUCACAAUGAGUAAGCCAAAUAUUACAGAGGAUGAUAUUGAACAAAUGCACUAUUUGAAAGCAGUGAUUAAAGAGACACUACGAUUGCAUCCUCCGGUCCCAUUAUUGGUUCCGCGUGAAUCAACGGAAAACGCCAAAAUACAAGGGUUUGAUAUUCUGGCAAAGACAACAGUAAUAAUCAAUGCAUGGGCCAUUGGAAGGGACCCUGUGUCAUGGGAUGAACCAGAUAAGUUUAAUCCAAAGAGGUUCCUGAAUGAUGUUACUAGCUCUAUUGAUUUUUGGGGCCAAGAUUUCCAACUAAUUCCCUUUGGGUCGGGUCGGCGAGGAUGCCCAGGUACCCAUUUUGCGAUCGCAACUGUUGAACUUGCAUUAGCAAGUCUUCUACACAAGUUUGAUUGGACAUUGCCUAAUGGAGCAAGUGGGGAGGAUUUAGAUAUGACAGAAACUCCUGGGAUUUCAACCCACUUGAAAUCUCCUCUUCUAGUUGUUGCAACUCCUCACUACUAGUUGUUUGAAGGAAUCCAACUAG